AUGACGCUGCGGGGCGACGGGCGGCGGCCCGACGAGAAGCUGCAGGGCGACGGGCGGCAGCCCGAAGAGAAGCUGCAGGGCGACGAGCGGCGGCCCGACGAGAAGCUGCAGGGCGACGGGCGGCGGCCCGACGAGGAGAAGAAGCGUGCGACCCCUCGCUGCCCCGUCGCGGCCCCAUCUCGUCGCGUCGCCCUAGCGGCCGCGUCGCGCCGCCCUUCCCGACCCGGCCCCUCCUCUGCUGGCCCCGUCGCCUGCCCUUGCGGCCCCGCCUCUGCCCUUCCUAGCCCCGGCGCCACCUCGGCUGGCCCCGUCGCCUACCCCGGCGACCCCGACGCCGCCCUUCCCGACCCGGCCCCGCCUCUGCUGGCCCCGUCGCCUACCCCUGCGGCCCCGGCUCUGCCCUUCCUGGCCCCGGCGCCACCUCGGCUGGCCCCGUCGCCUACCCCGGUGACCACGACGCCGCCCUUCCCGGCCCGGCCCCGCCUCUGCUGA